CACUGCGGGUGAGUUUCUAGCAGUUCUUAGGUGCUGGUCGUAUUUAAACACUGACGUAGCCCGGUAUGCAAAUGAGGUUUUGGUCACAAAAGCACUUCGUGCUUACUAACGUCGAGACAAAGAAGCAAAACGUUUUUGUUGGGGUUUCUCCUUGACGCCCUUUUGUUUACUGUCACCAUGGCAACACUCACCGCGCAGUUGCAGAACGUCGUCGUCCACAACUGGCCUCUAACGUGGCCACGACCAGCACCAGAACCAGUCCAGAUUCCAAAACGGGGUCCAGCACAAGUCCAGGUAGCCAUGAUGACCCCACAGCAGGCCAUGCUGCACAGGCAGAAACGGGACGAGAUCCGAGACCGGGCUCACAAGUUUGCCAUGGAGCGUCAAACCUUGGACAUGAAGAACACUUGGCUGCAGAGUGCAGACAAACACUACGUGCAAAGAACCAUUGAGAGGAACGUCAGAGACACGAUGGCGCAGCACGACAUGGCCGUCCAGGAGCGGCAGUGCAGGCUCCGAACUCUGCUGGAGGCCGAUGAGGAGCAGCUGGUGCAGGAGGCUCGCAGGGACCACGAGACUCCGCUGGAGAGGCAGGCCCACAUGCGGAUACGGGCCCAAACGCUGCGUGAUAUGCGGGAGGUGCAGCGACAGAAGGUGGUGGCCGACAAGCUGGAUCAGCAGUUCAGGGGUCAGUGCCAGGAGCUGCGUGAGGCCCAGAGCAAGCGCAGGCAGCAACAAGUGUUCGAGGAACGUGCCGUGCAGCUACGCAGCCAGCAGGAGCACGCCCGGCUGCGGCAGCAGGAGGAGGACAUGUUCCAGGAGCUGUGGGAAGCCGACGCCCGAGCCAAGGACGACAGGGAGCGGCGGAGAGUUGAGAGCCAGCACCAGAGCAACGUGGCGCAGCUGGACGGCCUGCGGCAGCAGAUGGCAGCAGCGGAGGAGAGGCGGCGACAGAUGAAGCUGCAGCGGGACGAAGAUGCUCGGCAACAGGCACAGCGGCAGCAGCGGCAGCAGCAGCUGGCCGAGCGAGAGCGCCGCCUCAGCUUGGACGCCGCGCAGGCCAGGCGCCGCAUGCUGGACGACAGCUUGCGGCUGAAGAUGGAGCGCCUGGCCAAGGAGCAGCAGGAUGAGCUGCAGCUGGACCUGAGCAUCCUGCAGCAGACGCUUCAGGACGAGAACCAGCACCAACAAGACGCAGCCGACAAGAAGGCCGAGCUGCGAGACGAGCAGCUCAGGUUUCGUCAAUAUUUGGCCGAGCAGCUGAUGAAGCGCAAAAAGGAUGAGGAGGAGAUGGAGCAGCUGAUGGAGGACAAGCUGAGGGAGACCUGGGACCGGCGGGACAGACAGAACUUCCUGCAGCAAGAGGCCAGAAACCGACUGAUGGAGGAGGUGAUGGAGUCCCGCCGGCUGCAGACCGCACACAAACAACACGUUAACAUGCAGAAACGUCUGGAAGCAACCAAGGAGAGAGAAGAGCUGAACGCAGCCUUCCAUGAGAUGAAAAGGGCGGAUGAGGAGCAGAAAAAGAGGCAGAGGCAGGCGUACGUGGCGUACCAGGCGGACCUGCGGGCGCAGAUAGAGCAGCAGCAGCAGCUGAGGAGGGAACAGGAAGCGGAGGACGAGAGGCAAAAGCAGCAGGUCCUCAUGCUGGAGAAGCAGCAGCAGCAGAAGAAAGAAGAGGUUCUGGCCCGACCCACUGACGGCACCUCCCACCCAUUCAGAAGAUACAAGUCACCCGCUGGCCAGGACCUUUAAGAAGAUCAACAAAACACAUCCACAUGGCACAUUGACUCAUCUUAUUUUGAAGGGGUCAUCCAGGAAGCUAGCUGGGAAAAGCCUUGUGGUCAGAAAGUACGCUAGCAGCAAGUGUAGCUUACUGGUAGCCCCACAUGCUAUUGUCGCUAGCCACUAGCAGCUACUUUAGCGCUUUUUCAGUGUUUACUGGAAACUUUAGGCUUUAACUUUAAGCUAGCAGCGAUACCAAUGAAGCUAACACGGGAGCACCAGCAGCGAUACGACCCUUCUUACAAGAUCAUUCCGUUUGCUGUCUUCAUCGUUACAAUCUCAAUAAAACACAACAAGGACUUGAGGCCUGUUUUUAAAUGAACUAACUUAUUUGUAAACAUAUAAUAUCAAAUAUGUACAGUAGUAUACACACAAUGUAAGACGGCCAAACAAUAUGUAAAUUCAGCAAUAUAAGACGACGAUGACUUUCUCUUUGGGCUUUUCCCUCCAGGGGUCCCACAGCAAACCAAUCUCCUCCAUCCAAGCCUGUCUUCUACACCAAUUACCCUCAUGUCCUCCUUCACUACAUCCAUAAAGCUCCUCUUUGGUCUUCCUCUACGCCUCCUACCUGGAAGCAUCCUUCUACCAAUAUAUUCACUAUCUCUCCUCUGGACAUGUCCCAACCAUCUCAGUCUGCCCUAAAGGACUUUAUCUCCCAGGCCUCUAACAUGUAAUGUCCCUCUGAUGUACUCC